ACCUCUUCGAUUUCUGUGUAUCGCGUGACCUACGAAACCGUGUGAAGAAGCGUGCGAUCGUGAAAUAGAAAAACUUCUUUUGUGCUUUCUCAAAAAUCGCGUACACUCGCGAUCCUGCUGCUACGCUUCUGAAAGUUUAUGGCCGUUGGUACAAAAUGGACCAAGAUGUUACAAGAUUCAUAUACUUUAUAUUUUUGACAACGCUUUUAAUCGAUUUAGGAUCAUCUACACAUUAUUUAAAAUAUAUCGAAUAUAAUAUAGAACAUGGGAAGGAUUGUCAUACAAUUGGAUCAAAUAAACAGAACAAAGAUUUAGCGGUUAUAGUUAAAAUUACACUUGAUCGUGGAAUCAAUACUGAUACAUAUUGUAAAUUUACUAUUAAAGCUAAUGAAGGAGAUGGCUUGUUUGGUGUAAUACAAAAAAUGACAUUUAGACGUAAUAAAACAGAGUGUGUAGAUUAUGUACAGUUCAAAAGGAGCGACAGUCAAAAAACACAAAAAUUUUGUGGAAAUUUCGAUCGUAACACAACUAAAUAUUAUCCAGUCCCUGAACCAGAAAAUAGCACCUAUGAGCUUGGAUCAUUUUUUUCUGAAAAUCCAUAUUCAGAAUUUGAUAUUAAUGGCAAAUUAGAAACUACAAUAUUUAUUGCCAAAAAGGGAUACUUAUUUGCAGAAAAAGUUCCUACUCUCAGUAUUGUUUAUACACCAUAUAAAAAAUGUAAGGGCAGCACUCCGAUAAAUUAUACAUCAAUACUUUUUGAUUCAUGUAUUUUACAAGAUUACUUUUGCGACGGAUAUCAAAAUUGUGUACUAAAAAUCUGUCGGGAUGAGGAAAACUGUCCAAAUGCCACUGAUAUCAUUAGCAAUACUGGAACAAAAGUAACAGUGGGUGCUGUGACAACAAUAAUUUUGUGUACAAUUCUUUUUGGUGUAUGCAUAUGGGCAUGUAAAAAAAAAGAUUUACUCUUUUGGUCUUCCGAUUGUGCCGGUCCAAGUGCACACUCAUCAUUAUCUAGAUCAGGUGGACAAGAAUCUGGAAGCAUUAAUAAUCCUCAACUUCCAACAGCUCCAAUGUUAGAAGUAGCUGUACCACCUCCUGUGUUAGAUAAAGAUCUUCCACCUAGUUAUGAUUCCUUAUUUCCAGAACAGAAUAAUUCUACUGUGCAGCAGAUGUAAGUUAUCAAUGGAUAACCUUUAAUUUUUUGCAGUAUAUUGCUUAAUGUUUUAAUUAGGUGAUGCUGCUUCUUAAACAAUGUAUGUGUACAAGCAUAUAAGAAGUUAAAAUCAGAAAUACGUCUUAAAAAAUCUAAGGUUAAAUCUUAGAAUUAACAUGAGCAAGGAAAAUGGAGUACAAAUUUCUGCCUAAUUCAUUUUUCAUGUUUUUAAUAUGAAUAGUAAUGUUUAUAACUUUAUACUACACUUCGUUUAGUUUUUGCGACAUAUUUCUGAUAUGGUUUAUACAUAUCCAUAGCUUCCUUGUUUUUUUUUUUUUUUUUUUUUUUUUUAUUAAGAAAUUAAAAAUAUAUAUAUG